AUGUCAGAGAUGGGCGAUCAUGAUACUUUGCUGCCGUUGCACUCGGCGACCAGCGUCUCUCGGUCGUACGGCACGUACGACUACGACGUUCACGAGUUUGACCGCCUGCGCAAAGAGGACAUAGCCUACUCCGUAAGGCAGCGCUUCAGCAAGCGCUCGAACACGCUCAUCACGGGUGGCGAGCACUUCGGUACUGGCAUAGAGGAGUCUCUCGAGGACAUCUUCGCCCGCGCCAACGAGGCCAUGCCGCUGUACGAAAAACUCGGCAGGGUGGAGGGCAUCUCGAACACGCUGCACACGUCCCUGACGGGCGGCGUGGAUGCCGCCACGGUGGCGGCGCGCCGCGCUUUCUUUGGCCGGAACGCGCUGCCCGAGGACCCGCCACUGACGUUUUGGGCGAUCUACAAGGCCUCCUGGGAGGACAGCAUGAUCCGCCUGCUGACGGUGGCGGCCAUCGUGUCGCUCAUCCUCGGGCUCACUGUGCCUGACCCCGGCCAGACGGAGGUGAACUACAAGACGGGCUGGAUCGAGGGCUUUGCCAUCGUCUGCUCUGUGGUCAUUGUGACCACGGUGUCAUCCGUGAACGACUAUCGCAAGGAGCAGAAGUUCCACAAGCUGACGGAGGAGAACUCUGCGCAGCCGGUUCGCGUGCGCCGUGGCGGCGAAGAGACCACGAUUGAUGUGACGGAGAUCGUCGUGGGCGAUGUUGUGGGCCUGUCGCCUGGGCUUGUGGUGCCUGCGGACGGACUCUACGUGACGGGCAUGAGCGUUGUGAUCGACGAGAGCAGCGUGACGGGCGAGAACGACCCUAAGAAGAAGAGCGUGGACUCGCCGUUCAUUCUGACGGGGACUGUGGUGAACACUGCGGAGAGCGCGUACAUGCUGGCGUGCGCCGUGGGUGAGCGCUCAUUCGGUGGAAAGCUGCUGAUGGAGUCGUGCGGCGCUGGCGCGCCUCGCCCGACGCCACUGCAGGAGCGGCUCAACGAGCUUGCCGACCUCAUCGGUCGCAUCGGUCUCGGCUCCGCGAUGCUGCUGUUCGCUCUGCUCUCCAUGAUGGAGGUGCUCCGCAUGCUGCAGCACGAGCCGGGAACGUCCUACCUCCACUUCCUCGACUACUUUCUUCUCUGUGUCACCAUCAUCGUGGUGGCCGUGCCGGAGGGUCUGCCGCUGGCCGUGACGAUCGCGCUUGCCUACUCUCAGAGCAAGAUGCACGAUGACAACAACCAGGUGCGCCGCCUGCGCGCGUGCGAGACGAUGGGCAACGCGACGCAGAUCUGCAGCGACAAGACGGGCACGCUGACGCAGAACCUGAUGAGCGUGGUGCAGGGCUACGUUGGCAUGCAGCACUUCAUCGUGAAGCGUCCGGGCGACCUGCUGGAGCCGGUUCCGCUGUCUGACAUGCGCGCGGCCUCUCUCCGCCGGCUGAGCGAGGGCAUUGCGGUCAACAGCUCGAGCGAGAAGGUUGUGAGCACGACGGACAAGGAGGGCCACAGGGUUGCGCCGUACUGGCAGUGGGUGGCGGACAGGGGCAACAAGACGGACAACGCGCUGCUGGACUUCGUGGACCGCGUUGCGAUGACGGAGGCGGACGCAUGCGACAUGAAGUCGCGGCCGCACCAGCGGACCCGCAAGGCGUGCCAGCAGCGCGGGUUCACGAUCUUCCCGUUCACGAGCGACCGGAAGCGGAUGAGCGCUGUUGUGCGGCAGGAGGACGGGACGCUGCUGCACCACGUGAAGGGCGGGUCUGACCGCAUUCUGCCGCUGUGCGACCGGUACGUGAACGAGACGGGCGACGAGGUGCCCAUGACGGACGAGGCGUGCGAGCGCAUCGCGCAGCAGGUGAAGAAGCUGGCGGACAUGGGGAACCGGACCAUCGGUGUCGCGUACGCGGUGCUUAGCGGCACCGAGCUUCCCGAGGAUGAGCCGACCGAGGCGCUGGUGUGGCUGUCCCUGCUCGGCAUCCAGGACCCGCUGCGGCCGGAGGUGGCGGAUGCCGUGAUGAAGUGCCAGGCGGCCGGCGUGACGGUGCGCAUGUGCACCGGCGACAAUAUCGAUACGGCCGUGGCUAUCUCGCGCCAAUGCGGCAUCUUCAACCGCUCUCGUGGCGAUCUUGCGAUGACUGGCCAGGACUUCCGCAAUCUUGUGUACGACGCGUACGGCGACGACGAGCGCAUGGCGAAGUUCUGGCCCGUGCUGGACCACAUGACGGUGAUGGCGCGCUCGCAGCCGCUGGACAAGCAGCUUCUUGUGUUGAUGCUGAUGACGCGCGGCGAGGUUGUUGCCGUGACUGGCGACGGCACGAACGAUGCGCCUGCGCUGCGUCUUGCGAACGUUGGCUUUGUGAUGCGGAGCGGGACGGACAUCGCGGUGAAGUCUGCGGACAUUGUGCUGCUGGACGACAACUUCCGCUCUGUGCAGCGCGCUGUUGUGUGGGGCCGGUGCGUGAACGACAACAUCCGGAAGUUCCUGCAGCUGCAGCUGACGGUGAACUACGUGUCCGUGGCGCUGACGUUCAUCGGGUCGCUCAUGGCGGGUGGCCGCUCCUCGCCGCUGACAACGGUGCAGCUACUGUGGGUGAACCUGAUCAUGGACACGCUGGCUGCCUUGGCGCUUGCGACGGAGGAGCCGAGCGAGGAGUGUCUGAAGCGGCAGCCCAUUCACCGCAAGGCGCCGCUGGUGUCGCGCCGCAUGCACAUCACGAUCGCGUUGAUUGCAGUGUACCAGCUGCUUCUUACACUCGUGUUGCAGGCGUUCGGUCACCGCUGGUUCGGUGCGAAGCGCCACAGCCGCGAGCACAGCACGAUCGUCUUCAAUGUGUUUGUGUUUGGUGCGUUGUUUCACAUGUUCAACUGUCGCAAGCUGUACGACGAGAUCGACGUCUUUGAGGGCUUUGGGCGCUCGAGACCGUUUCUUCUCGUCGUGGGCUUCUGCGCGUUGUUUCAGGUGGUGGCCGUGCAGACGUUUGGUGACUUCAUGGACGUCAGUCGCCUGCGUUUUUCGGAAUGGAUUGGGACGGUGACGCUGACGUUUGCCACCAUCCCGCUUGGCAUGACGUCGAGACUCAUCCCGGCCAAGGAGGCGCGCUUCAAGCGCGAGUUUGACGCAGAGAACAUCGACGAGGACGCUCAACACUUCUUGGUGAGGCUGGCCAAGGACGUCGAGCGCACCGCCGACGAGCGCGCCGGUCGGUCUGGUGAGGCGCUAAGCAAGGCGAAGCGCGCGCGUGUGCUGAGCCUGUGGUACCGUGCUUACGCCAAGCACGUGGGGACGCUGCGGGUCGUGAACGCUUUCCAUCGGGCGCAUUUUGACCGUGACAUGACUUCGGAGUUGUCUCGCAGCGUAUACCGCCAGAUGUUGAAGCUCACUUCAUCCAAUGUGUAA